CUUCACAACAUACAAUCACCGCGCAAAAAUAUAUUGUUUAUGUUUCAUAAUAGCACUGUCUGUAAAAGGUCACUUUUGCUAAAAGACAAAACAUUUAGUUCAUUUCAUUCAGGGAGGGUAAUGAAAGCGAAUGAAAGUGUGUAGCCAACAACAGCACUGAACAGUUAUUGUCAUGUUGUCUCUAGCAGCUAUACGAGGACUCCUGCGCUGCUAUGAGGUAGAUUUCUUUAUUGGGCAAUUGUGCAGACAACUAAGACAACUUUUUGGUUCCACAUAUUCAGGGUUAGCUGGGGAUGUAGUGGGCUAUUAAUAUUCCCAGAGGCAGUGCACGUGGAUCAUAAUUCACAACUGCAGUACUGCUGUGUGUGAGGUUUUGCCUCAUGACUCUGCACUUGAACCACGAGCAGGAGGCUAGCAUCAGCAUCAAGAUCACUCACCUGCACCAAAAGAGAAAGACUUGACGGCGCUGACGUUUGUCCUCAGAAAAUGCUUGUGCUGUUCAGUUCCUGGCACCUCUGAACAUGGGCGGAGUAACGGGACAGGUGCAGUUUGACUCCACGUCACAGAUGGCCACCCUCAGCGUCUCAGGUGCUGGCUCCUGCUCCUCUUUGAAACUGUCCAUCACUGAGUUUCCCGUCAUGUAUGGCCACUUUGCUCACCCCUGCUCAGAAAUCCACAUUGGCUCCAAAAUUUUUAACUUCUCCGUUGACAGCCCAAACUCCGCCAUUAAUGUCUCAGAGCUGUUUUUGCUCAGGUCAAGUUUAGAUGACUGCUCACUGACCAUACACACUUGUGAUGGCACUGAAGUCUGCACUGUUGUUAGUGGAGGUCAGAAGCUCUUGACACGCCAGGCUAGGGUCACUGGAUCCAUAGCUGGAAAUGUUUAUUUACGCCAUAGUCCAGAACUACUCAACCAGUGGCUUCUCUUAGAUGUAGUUAGAGUUGACCAGAUUGAUGUAGUUAGUGUUGUCAUUCAUGGUUCUGUAAGCACUGCUGCAAACUGUGAAGAAUUUCUUGGAAACAUAAAUUCUGCGUCUUUAACAAAUCUUGGUGAAGUAGCUCUCUUUCCUACUAUGCAACCACAAAAGCGUCGAUUGCAUUUGAAAAAUUUUAACGUAAAAACUCGCUUUUUUGUUUUCUCAUAUGGAACAGGUUUCCAUUGUGCUGAAAUCUAUGAUCUACCAGAGAAGCAUAUUACGGCUGUGAUCAAUAUGAAAGGCAUUAAAGGGUAUUUUAGCUUCCAACAAGCUUCUCCUUUCAGUGUAACAGAGUUGGCUGUCAAUUUGACUAACUUACAAAGCGAAGUUGGUCCAUACCACGUCCACCUAUUUCCUGUCCCCUCUCUUAGGAAUCCUCUUUCUAGCAUAUGUUCAAAUGAUAAUCUGGGUGGACACUGGAACCCUUUUGGAGUAGAUGCUAAAGACCCAGCAUAUCCAAAAGGACCAGGGUCUACUCAUGACAAAUAUGAAAUGGGGGAUCUCAGUUCAAAACACAUGUCUUUAGCAGGUAAAACUGAAUUUGAAACUGUGUUUAAAGAUUAUAGCCUCCCUUUGUAUGGACAGAACAGUAUUGUAGGUCGUUCUGUAGUUAUCCAUAAAUUAGAUGGGUCUAGGUAUGUUUGUGCCAGUAUUAGCUAUCCCGGAGAGGUAAUAGUUGCUAGGGCUAGAUUCUUAAGUCCUGUCAUUGGAGAAGUUUGGUUCUCUCAACUUAAAAACCACCCUUUGUCUGAUGUGUCAAUCUUUUUGGAUUUAAGUUAUGGGAAUUCAGCUACAGCGCCGACCAAAAGCCACAACUGGCAUGUCCACACCUACCCUAUUGGUUCUGAACGAGAUGACAGUGAUGGACGAUGCAUCACCACAGAAGGGCACUGGAACCCUUUUAGAGUAGACACAGAACAUAUGAGCUAUAACACAUACUGCAGUUCUGCGAGUCCUCUAUCUUGUGAAGUUGGAGAUUUGUCUGGCAAACAUACUACAGUCAACUUGGGUGUCAAUGCGGGUGCAGUGGAGGCGAAACAUUUCUUCACUGAUGUAACUUCAUGGGUGCCUGGCAUUGUUGGAAGAUCUUUAGUUCUUCACCAAGCUGAAAAAGCAGGCCCGAGGAUAGCUUGUGCCAACAUCACAGUGGUUCGGACACCCAAAGCAAGUCUAGGAACCUGGCACGGGCCUGGAACAUCAAAUGGACAGAUUGAAUUUACUCAGUCCCUCCCACUUGGUCCCACAAAGGUCACUGUGUCUCUGACUGAUCUGAAUUCACAGGCAGGGGGCUAUCAUAUCCAUAUACUACCCAUAUCACCUGGAUAUCCCCAACCCUGCUCUGAUGCAAAUAUUCAUGGACACUUCAACCCUCUGGAGUGGGAUGUCCUGAGCUCCCCUGAUCCUGGGAUGGGCACCUUGGAUCAAUACGAAGUGGGCGAUAUAAGUGGGAAGUUCGGGAUGCUGACAGGACACGAUGAGAUGCAGUCUGUUCUCUCAGAUUCCAACCUGCCACUCACAGGACCGUACAGUAUUGUGGGGAGGUCUGUGGUGGUCCACUACACUAACGGAUCAAGAAUGCGUUGUGCUGAUAUCACAGCAGAUAAGGACACAGAUGGACACUGGGCAAUGGCUAAGGGAGUUUUCAACAGUACUCUGACAGGAACUGUGCUGAUGCGUCAGCAAAUAUUUUCUGAUGGGAGCAGCAUGGAUACUACUCUUGAAGUGACUCUACAUUCAGCUACAGGGGUGAUCAGUUCAAAUGUUUCAUUGCACAUCUCAACUAACCGAAUAGGUGGAUAUGGGUGCACUAAAAAUGGAGGCGUGUACAAUCCCUUCAACAUGGCAACCUCGAGCUCUACUUGUUCAAUGGAGAAUCCCCUGAGCUGUGUGUGCGGUGAGAUUUCAAUGAGGCAAGACCCGCUCAGUCUGACCCAGAGACAGGUUUACACUGACAGGAUGGUACUCCUCACUGGAGACUUCACUGUUGUCCAUCGAUCGUUAGUUGUAAAGAAUGGGGACAUCAUAAUAGCUUGUGCAGACAUCCUGCCAGAGUCGCCCUCUGCAGAGCAGUCCUUUCCUACAGUGAUACAAUUCAGCAGAUAUGACUUCAGAAGGAGAGUGGCUGAUGUUUUGCAACUAGAAAUAUCACAAGUCACUAUUCUGGCUGGAUCUCCUGAGCCUGCAGCUAAUGGACGCUGCCAGAGAGUCCACUUCAUGGUUGCAGGUGAUGUUAACCCCACGCUCCUGAAGUCUGUCAAAACAAGUGAGAAGAUGGGCUUGUUUAAAGAGUCAGCUGUGUGCUUGAGAGGUGCCAGUGUGCUUCUUCAGCCUGGGAAACUUCUUGUCUUUGUAGUUACUGUUGUCCUGUUACUGUGAGAAUAAAAAAAUGACAUAGGUCUAUGCCUCAAUAAUGCUGAUUAUUUCCGUGGUGGACUUGUUGAAAAGGUUAAAAAGAAUUAUUGCAUUCGGGGUAAAAAAUAAGCAACCACUGCUUGCAUGAUUGUUUACAUUGUAUUUUUUUACUUAAAUCGAUAAAUGUACUGUACAUUUUGAUUUGUUUUCCACAAAACUUGUAUUUGUGUAAAAUGUUUGUGUUUUUAUUUUUUAUCAAAAUUAGUUUGUCAUGCAUU